UCCCGGGGCCGCGGGCGCGCUGAGUGUCCGGGUCUCAUUAUGUGGCGCGUGCCCCGCCAGCUGUGUGCGCACCACUUGAGGGGAAGCAAACUCUCGGACGCUUGGAACAGGCCUGCCGCCUUCAUGUCCACUUUGCUCAUCAAUCAGGCCCAGUACGCUUGGCUGAAGGAGUUGGGGCUCCGCGAGGAAAACGAGGGCGUGUAUAAUGGAAGUUGGGGAGGCCGGGGAGAGGUUAUCACGACUUAUUGUCCUGCUAACAAUGAACCAAUAGCAAGAGUCCGACAGGCCAGCGUGGCCGACUAUGAAGAAACCGUGAAGAAAGCAAGGGAAGCCUGGAGAAUCUGGGCAGAGGUUCCUGCUCCGAAGAGAGGAGAAGUAGUGAGACAGAUUGGGGAUGCCUUGCGGGAGAAGAUCCAAGUACUAGGAAGUUUGGUGUCUUUGGAGAUGGGGAAAAUCUUAGUGGAAGGUGUAGGAGAAGUUCAAGAGUACGUGGAUAUUUGUGAUUAUGCUGUUGGCUUAUCACGGAUGAUUGGGGGACCCAUCUUGCCUUCUGAAAGACCUGGCCAUGCCCUCAUUGAACAGUGGAAUCCUGUAGGCCUGGUUGGCAUCAUCACUGCGUUCAACUUCCCUGUGGCAGUGUAUGGCUGGAACAAUGCCAUUGCCAUGAUCUGUGGGAAUGUCUGCCUUUGGAAAGGAGCUCCAACAACUUCCCUCAUUAGUGUAGCUGUCACAAAGAUAAUAGCCAAGGUUCUAGAAGACAACAAACUGCCUGGUGCUAUUUGUUCCUUGACCUGUGGUGGAGCAGAUAUAGGCACUGCAAUGGCCAAAGAUGAACGGGUGAACCUGCUGUCCUUCACCGGGAGCACACAGGUGGGAAAACAGGUGGCCCUUAUGGUGCAGGAGAGAUUUGGGAGAAGUUUGUUAGAACUUGGAGGAAACAAUGCCAUCAUUGCUUUUGAGGAUGCAGACCUCAGCUUGGUCGUUCCGUCGGCUCUCUUCGCAGCCGUGGGGACAGCGGGCCAGAGAUGUACCACUGCGCGGCGCCUGUUUUUACAUGAGAGCAUCCAUGAUGAAGUUGUAAAUAGACUUAAAAAGGCCUAUGCACAGAUCCGUGUGGGGAACCCUUGGGACUCUAAUGUCCUCUACGGGCCACUCCACACCAAACAGUCAGUGAGCAUGUUUCUUGGAGCAGUGGAGGAAGCAAAGAAAGAAGGUGGCACUGUGGUCUAUGGUGGCAAGGUUAUGGAUCGCCCUGGAAAUUAUGUAGAACCCACCAUUGUGACAGGUCUGGCCCACGAUGCGUCCAUUGCCCACACAGAAACGUUUGCUCCAAUCCUUUAUGUCUUUAAAUUCAAGAGUGAAGAAGAAGUCUUUGCAUGGAAUAAUGAAGUAAAACAGGGACUUUCAAGUAGCAUCUUUACCAAGGAUUUGGGCAGAAUCUUCCGCUGGCUUGGACCGAAAGGAUCAGACUGUGGCAUUGUAAACGUCAAUAUCCCAACGAGUGGGGCCGAAAUUGGAGGUGCAUUUGGAGGAGAAAAGCACACUGGGGGCGGCCGCGAGUCUGGUAGCGAUGCCUGGAAACAGUACAUGAGAAGAUCCACUUGCACCAUCAACUACAGUAAGGACCUUCCUCUAGCUCAAGGAAUCAAGUUUCAGUAAAGGUGACAGUAAAUUGGCGUUACAUCACAGCUCACAGGCAUUCUCGCAACUCUUUCUUCUGAAGACAAAGAAAAAUUAAGAUUUGCCCUGAAAAAAUAAAUGCAUUAUUUUGAA